AUGGCGCCGCAGCAACCAAGCCUCGAUCGCACGUUUGUGAAUCUGACGCACGAUCCCGCAGCGGGACGAGGCGCAAGGCGCACGUAUAUCCGGCGGGCGGUGAUGAAAAGCUACCACGAGCGCCGAAACCAGAAGAAGAGAGCCUCGAAGUUGGAGGCUGAGGUCGCUGAAAAUAGAGCUGGAAGAAGUCCUCUGCGCUGAUACCCAAGUUCAUUCUUUUUGAACGAAAACAAUUCUCCGAGCCACCAAUG